UCGUAACCAAGGUGAUGACGCUAUAUUCCGUUACCAAGGCACUCUUAAGGCAAACACUAGCUAGAAAGCUAAGCUAGCAGGUUUAAAAGAUAAUCUUUGCUUUUGUUAUAACUUUAGUUCGUCCUGAUUUCCAAAAUAAAUACUCAGAAAAACAAGUUUCUACAUUCGACAUCCUGUUCGGAUCGACUUUGUUUUCAUCGUAGCUUAAAAUAGGAUCAAAUCAUUUCCCAUCGUUUAGAUUGUUAUUUGCGUUAGCAGGAGCUGCAGCCACCAUGGCUGACUUUGGAUUUAAUGAGCACCAUCAGAAUGAAGUGAUCAAUUACAUGAGGUUUGCUCGUUCUAAGAGGGUCCUGAGGCUGAAGACUAUUGACUCCUGUUUUGAGGAACUCAAAGACAGCAGGCUGGUGGAGGAAACCUUCACGGUGGACGAGGUGAAGGAGAUGCUGGACGGGCUGCAGGUGGUGGUGCGCGGCGAGGUGGAGGUGGAGCUCAUCAACACGGCGCACACCAACGUGCUGCUGCUGAGGCAGCUCUUCUCACAGGCCGAGAAGUUCUACCUCCGACUGCAGACCGACAUCUCUGAGCUGGAGAACAGGGAGCUGUUAGAACAAGUGGCUGAAUUUGAGAAGACCGACUUUAAAACUGCUAGUAAGUUAAACCAGGAACUCAGCAAACCAAAGUUGGCUCCACUGAAUGAAGCCGGUGUGUCUGAACUACUAAACAAGGAGAUAGCGAGACUGCAGGAGGAAAACGACAAACUGAAGAGCAGACUGCGGGUUUUAGAAUCUCAGGCCAUGAGUGCGCUAGAUGAGAAAACCAAGGCUGAAAGAGCUCUGAAAGACCUGCAACAGAUCCAAGGAGAACAGCAGGAGAUCAGCAGUCUUGAAGACACGGUGGCCGCUCUGAAAGAGGACUACGAGAGGUCCCUUAGUGCCAACGCCGCUUCCCAGAAGGACUUGAAGGAGAACCUGAUCUCUUCCAAGCAUGAGCUCCUGCGAGUCCAGGAGCAGCUGGCUUUAGCAGAGAAGGAACUGGACAAGAAGUUCCAGCAAACCGCGGCCUACCGCAACAUGAAAGAGAUCCUCACCAAGAAGAACGAACAAAUCAAGGAGAUUAGAAAACGAUUGCAAAGAUACGAGCCAAAUGAAUGAAAUGAGCAGUAAUGACAAGAAACCAUCAGUUCCUGUGCAACACAAUGAGACAGAAAAAAACAGUUUGUCGAAAUCUUCAUGUUAGCUUUAGCUAAAAGCUGCGAGGCUAACACUAAAAAGAAUUGUCAACAGCUGUUUUUUUUUUCUUUGUUCCUCUCUGUCUUAUGUCGGAGCUUGUAGCUAGCAGACCUUGAAGAGGCCUUGUCCGCUUGCUGAUCCGGUCAGAUGGUUACCGUCUGCCGUCUUACUUAGCUCAUUUAAAACAAUCUAGCCGUAGGAAAAACCAGUGUUUUGCUAAUCGGUUUUAAUUUAGCAGCUUCCCUUGUAAAUCUGAUUAAAUAAAUUCCAAAUGCUUCUACAAAAGCUUCUUAACCCUUUAAUACCGUCAGUGGCGACUCCAAAAUAACAAAUAUUUGCUAGCGUAACGUACAUUUUUAAGCGUAAAUCCAGCAGAUUCUAAAAAAAGCGCUAGCCGCUUUUCUCUGAUUCAGAAUUGAUCGUUUGAUCAUGUUAUCGGUUGAAAACUUAUGCUAAAGUGAACCAAAACAAACGCUAACUAGCUUAUUUUCUUACAUUAUCGUUACAAACGUUCAACGUUUUCGUUCCACUUGAGCUUCUAUCCGUGUUUCCCUCUUAAAAUUCCAGACGGAACAGAAUAUUUUUGAGUGGAGUUUAUUUUUCUUACCUCUGUGGGAGUGUCAGAAGAAUAACACGUGUGCACAAAAUGUUCAUGGAGAAAUGCUCUUGUAGAGUGAGAAACACAUCCGCCCGGAAUCACACUUGAUGUGAAGUUGUCUGAACUGUGCAGCACAUGAGGUAAUAAAAUACCUUAAAAAAUA